AUGUCGUCGUCGCGAGACUCUCCCGUUAAGACGCCCAAGAGCAUCCUCUCGCGGCAAAACUCCUCUGCCAACCUCGGCGGUUCGGGCUCCCCCACGGACAUGCAGAUUGCGCUGCUGUCCCAGAAGGUCAAAGACGGCUCGAGAGGCAGCGUGCGCGUCGCGUGCGCCGUCCGCGCCGUCGGAGGAGGCAACAUCCUGCAGGAGCCCCUCGCGCCGUAUCUCGCGGGCGGCGAGGAGAUGCGCGCGCUCCUCGCCAACCGCGCCCGCCGCGAGGACGCCCGCGUGGUGGAGAACGUCGCCGUGCGGCACAGGGCCAUCGACGACGUCAUCCUCCGCCACUGCGCCCCGGAAGACGGCAUCCGGCAGGUGGUCAGCAUCAACGGUGGUCUCGACACCAGAGCCUACCGUCUCAACCUCCCGGACGUGGCUUGGUUCGACGUCGACCUCUUCGACGUCCUCGAACUGAAGAAGAAGAUGCUGGAGAAGGCCCCCGAGGCGUUGAAGCACUACGCGUCCCCACGGGUGGCGUCCGUCACGAACGUCGGCAUGGACGUCCUGUCCGACGCCCCGCGAUACCUCAAGCUCGAGCUGGAGAAGCACGGCGUGGAUUUCACCGCACCGGUGCUCUACGUCUUCGAGGCGUGUUUGUACAACUUCUCCGCCGCCGACGCCCGCGAGCUGACGCGAUCGCUGCCCAGAACGCGCGGGUCCGUGCUCGUGGGCACCCACCUCCAGCGCGGAAUGCUCCGGUGGGUGCGGGACCCGAGGCAUCAAGCCGACGCGCCGUACCUCGCCGAACUGGCUCACCACUGGAGGUCGUCCCUGGAGGACGUCGCGAAGGCGGGCGCGUUUCGCGGGUGGCGCGUGCGCAACGUCAAGUCCCUCACCUCGCACGCGCACGGAUACGGCUACCGCGUCCCGCCGAACCUGUGGAAAAAGGGCGAGGAGGUGGUGUUCGAGCUGCACCGCGGGCGAUGCCGGGCGUCGUCGCGGGAAAAGGCCGAAAAGGGUUUGUUCCGGUUGACGCGGUUCUGGCGCCGCCCGCAACCGCGGGGACCGCUCGGUCCCCCCGCGACGGCUUCGAGGCGCGACUCGCGCGGUCUGCGCACGCCGGACGCGCGCACGUCGGUGGGCGGUUGGAUCGGCGUCGCGGCGCGCGUCGGGGCGUUGACGCUCGCGGGUAUCGUCGGGCAUCGCCGCGGCGGCGACGUCGCGGUAUUCGCGGAGAAAACGGUCGAGCGAUGCGCGGCGGCGGCGCGGUUGGCAAAGUCGCGGUACGUCGACCCGUGCGCGGAGUUUGCGAUGGACACGUGCGUCAAAGGGUUGGGGGCGACGAGGAGAGGGGCGGCGAGGGCGCGCGAGGGCGUCGCGCACGUGCGCAGGACGCACGUCGACCCUCGGCUGCCGGAGAGAUACAGGUUGCCGAGAAAGGAUGCCGCGUCGGGCAAGGGCAAGAGACUGAAGAAGGGCUGGUGA